AUGGCGGAGCCGCCGAGCCCCUUGCGAGGCGCGCUGGUGGCGCCGCCGCCGCCCGAGCCCUUCGCGUCCAACCUGGCGGCCGAGGCGCGGGCCUCCUCGCGCGGCUUCCAGCCGGCCGCCAAGCGCCUGAAGGGAGCAGAGGAGCGGGGCCUCAAGGGCCCGAAACGCGUCAACGGCGAAGGCGGCGCUCGGCGGCAGUUGCCGCCGCCGCCGCCGCCGCCGCCUCACAUCCCGGUGGCGCCAACCGCCGCCGCGCACGGCAGCCCGGCCGUCUGGAGCUUCGCGGCGUUCUCCUCAGCGGCGGCCGCCGCCGGUGGCUCCGGCGGCGGCGGCGGCUCCUUCGUUUUCCCGCCUCAGCUGCCCCACAAGUUGCUCUUGCCGCCGCCCUCUGCCCACUCCCACCGCUGCUUGGCCGCGGGCGGGGACGGGGGAGGCGGCAAGAGCAGGCGGCCCAAGGAGAAAAGGGAGAAGAGGAAGCCGGCGGGGCUGCCCGGCUCGGGGGCGGCGGCGGCAGGAGGCAGCGGCCUGAGCGCGGCCGGGCGGGAGGAGAACGGCGAGGUGAAGCGGCUGCUUCAGCACCACCAUCACCAGCACCAGGAAGAUCAAAUUGCCAGAGAUAAAAUUACAGACCGGGACAAGGAAAAACAGAAAGAAAAGAAGAAACACAGAUUGAUGUCUGAAAUCAAGAAAGAGAAUGGAGAGAUGAAAUUAUUUCAGAAAGGUUUAAAGGAGAAACCAAAAAGUAAUGCAGAAGAUCUACAGAUUAAAAAAGUGAAGAAGAAAAAGAAAAAGAAACACAAAGAGUGUGAGAAAAGGAAGCGUCCAAAAAUGUACAGUAAAUCUAUUCAGACUAUCUGCUCAGGAUUGCUUUCUGAUGCCGAAGAUCAAGAUUCCAAAGGCAUUGUUGAUAGUGAUCUUAAGGAUUUCAGUGGAAAGAAUAUGGAUCCCAAGAAGGACUCUGAGUACAAGAUACCAGAGAACAGUGAGUUUCCAUUUGUCUCGUUAAAGGAGCCACGGGUUCAGAAUACACUCAAAAGGUUGGACACGUUGGAGUUCAAACAGUUCAUUCAUGUUGAGCACCAGCCUAAUGGAGGUGCUUCUGUUAUCCAUGCCUACAGUAAUGAACUCUCCCACUUGUCUCCUGUGGAGAUGGAGAGAUUUGCAGAAGAGUUUGUGGGUGUGGUUUUUAGCGAAAAUGAAAACUGCGCAGCUUACUAUGUAAUGGGUAUUGUUCACGGGGCAGCUACUUACUUACCUGACUUUUUAGACUACUUUUCACUUAAUUUUCCCAAUUCACCAGUGAAAAUGGAGAUUUUGGGAAAGAAAGAUAUAGAGACGACAACUAUGUCAAAUUUUCAUGCUCAGGUAAAAAGGACAUAUUCCCACGGUACCUAUAGAGCUGGCCCAAUGAGACAAAUCAGUUUAGUUGGAGCAGUGGAUGAAGAAGUAGGGGACUACUUUCCAGAGUUCCUUGAUAAGCUGGAAAAUUCACCUUUCUUAAAAUGUACUUUGCCAUGGGGGACACUUUCUAGUCUGAAACUAGAGAGCCGUAAAGAUAGUGAUGAUGGUCCCAUUAUGUGGGUGCGCCCAGGAGAACAGAUGAUACCUGUGGCAGACAUGCCAAAGUCACCUUUCAAAAGGAAAAGAACUACCAAUGAAAUAAAAAACCUGCAGUACCUACCUCGGACUAGUGAGCCUCGUGAAAUGCUCUUUGAAGACAGGACACGAGCCCAUGCAGAUCACAUAGGACAAGGGUUUGAACGACAGACGACAGCUGCUGUAGGAGUACUAAAAGCAGUGCAUUGUGGAGAAUGGCUAGAACAACCUCGAAUAACCAAAGAUGUAAUUUGUUUCCAUGCGGAAGAUUUCUUAGAGGUAGUUCAACGAAUGCAGUUAGACUUGCACGAACCUCCACUCUCACAGUGCGUCCAGUGGGUGGAUGAUGCAAAACUUAACCAGUUACGAAGGGAAGGCAUUAGGUAUGCCCGAAUUCAGUUGUAUGAUAAUGAUAUUUAUUUUAUUCCAAGGAAUGUUGUGCAUCAGUUUAAGACAGUUUCAGCUGUGUGCAGUUUGGCUUGGCAUGUUCGGCUCAAGUUAUACCACUUGGAGGGAGAACAUAAAACCAUCCAUGAAAAGGGCCCACCGACAGAGCCCACAUCUGCAAUGAUAGGACUUCAGACUGACAAUGUAAUCCUUCCAGCAAACAGAGACUCCUCCGAAGAAACCAAAUUUGUAGGCAAUCUGCACACUAAAUAUGUAAAACAGGAAUUUUCACGCACACAGCACGAACCUGCUGCAUCUCACCGGAUUAAAGAGGAUCCAGUUAACAUCCAUCUUCCUGAAAAGACAGUGGCAUCAAGUGCGUCGGAAUUUCAGAAUGUUAAUGCAAAGCCGGAUCAUGUUCAGUGGGUGGGAUCUAAGUUUGAAACGGACUCAGAAUUUGAACCUGAUGACAAAGACCUGCAGGACAGUUUGUGCCUGGAGGACACGAGGCAGAGCAGUCCAGCGUACUCAAGUCUGCAUGGCAAGCAGGAAGAGGACUUUUUGUGUUGAAGUUGUUUGUAUAUACAUUUUUAAAUUUCUUUGAAACCCUAAUGACAUAAUAAUGUAAAGAUACUUAAAUUCUGUGAGGUAAGUUUGUUACUUGCCUUCACAUCUGUUACAGAAAAUAGUUUAUGUAGCUUUGUAACAUUCCUCAGUGCCUGUCCAUAACUGUGAAAAUAUCCAAGCACUUAGGGCCAGAUGCACUGUAAACACUGCAGGUGUAACAGAAAGAAGACUUUAAAAAUGAGUUGUAGGUUUUAGAGUAGAGCUGACAUUUAACAUAUAUUUUUUGUAUGAUGAGCCAGAAUUCUUUUUGACAAUUCCAGGCUUUUCCAUAGAGCUUAUUUAUACCAAUUUUUUUUUCUUUUUAAUGUGUCAGCACUGUAGUGUAAAUAGCUUUUUUUUUAAAAAAAUCUUUUUAGUGUGAUUUAUAUUGAAAUGUGAGCCACUUAAUAAAGGUUCAUAAUAACAAUAAUGGUUUUAUUUUGGGGUCCCUAAAAAAAAAUCAGCUCAGGUUUUCCUUUUUGCUUAAUGCCCAUUCUUGCACAAAUGUGAAUGUUCUUAUUUGAAGUAACAAAGUGCUUAGAUGCAAGGAUAAAGUUACUCUUUACACACAAGUAAUCCUGCUGUUGAAUUUUCACAGAAUAGUAAUUUGGAUGAAUAGUUCAUGUAGUGGUUAAGCAUGUGAGAAACUAUUCUUCUGUCAUCUCUUCCAUUGACACGCAGAAUAUUUUAAUCAUGAUACGUUUUUGAGCCAAACAAUAAUUAAUUACAAUAGCUUUUUGAAAACCUAUCAGCCUAGGUGUUCUGCUAAUCCUUAAAAGUGCACACUGCCUUGCUUCCAACUUCCUUUGUUCUUACUCCUCUGCAUGCAGGAAACAUUGGUAGGUGGUCAAAGGAAACCUGAAAAAAAUUACAACAAUUGGAAUGUUUUGGAAUACUGUACAGGACUCCUUCUGAACACUGGGUGGGUGUAGUUCUGGGACACCUUGUUUUACAACUCGAAAACUAAACAGAUGGAAUGCAAAAAUUUCAUAACAUUACUUAUGAACUGAAGUGCAAUUGGGAGUUGGGGCUAUGUUGGAGAGUUUAGCAUGUUGUUUUCAAUCAUGAAUAGCUUGUGUGGGUUUUUUAAGUGGUUGCAUGUUUGUCUAGUUUGCCUAUCCUAUGAGAAGAUAAUGUCCACUUUGGCUAAGCUGGGUCGCAGUUUGAGGAGGAGUUAACAUACAUUGAACAGUCAGUUAAAUUAUAAUGUGGCAGCACUGGUGGCAGUCUGAAUAGGUUUUUUUAAGGUACAAUCUGCUUAGAAUCAUAGAAUCAGAGUUGGAAAGGGCCAUACAGACCAUCUAGUCCAACCCCCUGCCCAGUGCAGGAUCAGCCUAAAGCAUCUCUGACAAUUAUUCAUCCAGCCUCUUCUUGCUUAUACUCCCAUCUUAGUCCAUAACCAAAUAUAAAUAGGCACCACCUCAUACAAUGCGUUGUUGACUGUCCUUUCACAUAAUGAAUACUGGCAUUAUGUCAUUUAGUUUGCUAAGACUAAAAGAAGAAACUCCAACAAAUUGCCCCUUUAACAAGAUGAACUAGAAUUUACGGUGAUGUGUUCAUUCAGGGGAACCAUGUAAGAAAUCACAUCAGAAUCUGUUGGGGAAGUGGGCCUCCACAUCAGAAACUCUGUAUCAUCAGGUCUGGCUUUGACAUUUUCCUUGAAGUGCUAGUUUUCUAUAUGCAAGGAGUUCUUGACAUAAGGGCAGCAUUAAAUCAUGCAGCUUGUUAUUUACAUUUUGAAAUGGUAUAGCCCUAAAGUGCUAGGAGCUCUCUCAGCUCCACCCACCUCACAGGGUGAUUGUUGUGAGGAUAAUAAUAACAUACUUUUUAAACUGCUCUGAGUGGGUGUUAAGUUGUCCUGAAGGGUGGUAUAUAAAUAGAAAGUUGUUGUUAUUAUUACUAUACAACAAGAUUGUGGGGAGGGAGAAAUGAUUGUGGGGAGGGAGAAAUGACAAAAAGGGAUAAUCAUUGUGUAAAAGGUGCUAGAGCUUGCACAACACCAGUAGCUGUGAGUUGUUUAUGUAAGGAUUUAUAAAUGUAUCCUGAGCAGCUUCUUUGUACGUAUUUCAAAUUCUGAGGAGAGUGAGUGCGAAAAUCUUACAGGGUUUGAAAGGAUAACCCCAAACAAUUAGCUGAAGAGUUGGCAUCCUGAAGCCUGGACAUCCCCUGCUUUCCAGGCCUCUAAGGUCAUCUUCACCAACUGUGCUGCCACUGGAUACUGCCAUUUCCAGCUUCAGUUGACCUUCUGCCAUUGUUCCCUGUUGGCUGUUCUUCUCCAGUUAGCUGUACUGCAGAAGUAAUCACCAUGUGGUUGAGUAUAAAAUGCUUUUCACUGACCGAUGCUUGAGCUCCUACACACUCCCACUUACCCCUGCCAAAUCACCAUGCCUCCGGUUGAAACCAGUUCUGAUCUGCUCAGCUUAAUGAAGAGCAAGUACUACACUUAGCCAUCUGCAUUCUCUACCAUGUGGUUUCUGCCACACUUUAAAAUUCCAAAUUCAAGUGAGUAUUUCUAGAACUUGCACAUACUUCACUGUAGUGAAGCUAUAAUUGUCAUAGUGGUUCUUCUUCAUGAUUUUGGUGCAUCACACUAAUGGGACCUCAAGUGUGUCCAGAGUCUACCUUCAGAGCCUAUAAAAGCUCAUUCUGAGUGAGAUCCCACCAGUGUGACUGCACAGAUGACCCCUUGAAGAAUGCCAGUUACAGGUAAGCAACCUGUUUGUUCUUCUAAACAGCAAAAAUCUACAGCAUCCAGUUUAACCUCAGCCUUGAACAAAGCCUGUGACCCUUCAGUAAGCAUUUGUAUUGCCUCCACUUGAAACCUGAAUAUUUGAUAGCUGUAUAUAGUUGUCAUUCCUCUGCAUCUGGCCCUAGAAAAUUUUCUAAACAAAUAAUUUAUCAACAUAGGCCUCUGUAAUUCAGGGUAUAUCUCAAGAAAGUUGGUCACUGGUCUUGUACUCAAACAAGUUUCUGUACAUGGGAAGCUUUUCAUAAAAUGAAAACGCUACUUGUGUUCGAGGAUAGGAUAGAAACAUGAGUAGCUAGCAGUACAUUUCAUGGGAGGGUACUUAUUAAUAUGAGCAUUAUUAUUUAACUCACUUUCCCCAUUUAUAUUUCUUUAGUGCCUGCUGUAGCAAGGGACAUUUAGUAAAUCUAGUUGGUACA